CUAUUUGUAGGAUUUAGAAUCUCCACGUGCAUGAUGGGAGAACGAUAAAUCGAAAAUCUUAUUGUGUUAGACACCUGUUAUUGUGUUAAUUUAUCGUACAUUUAGUGUUCCCAUUAAGAGAUAAAGUUAAACGUUUAUUUCUUUUUUAUACAAGUUAAUAUCAAUUCAAUAAAAAGACAUAAAAAGAAAUUCAUAUAUUAAAAAUGGCAGGACAAACUGUUUUGAUCAUAGGUAAUGGUGGUAGAGAACAUGCUAUUUCUUGGAAGUUAUCUCAAUCUCCACAUAUAAAGGAAAUAUUUGUUGCACCUGGUAAUAGUGGCAUUGCUUCAGUGGAUAAAGUCUCUUUAGCAAAAAUUAAUGUUAAGAAUUAUAAAGAAGUAGCCGAAUGGAGCAAAAAAAAUAGAAUAAGUGUUGUCAUCGUUGGUCCAGAAGAAUAUCUUGCUAAAGGUUUGGCAAAUGAAUUACAAAAUGUAGGGAUACAUUGUUUUGGGCCAAAAAAGGAAGCAGCUAAAAUAGAAGCCAAUAAAGAUUGGGCUAAACAAUUCAUGGAUCGUUAUAAUAUUCCAACUGCCAAAUGGAAAGGAUUUACAAAAGCUGAAGAUGCAAAAGAAUUUGUUAAAAAUGCCACGUUUCGAGCUCUUGUGAUAAAAGCUUCAGGUUUGGCAGCGGGUAAAGGUGUUAUUGUAGCCAAAAAUGUAGAGGAAGCGUGUCAAGCAAUUGAUGAAAUUUUAACUGAUAAAAAAUUUGGUUCUGCUGGUGAAAAUAUUAUUGUAGAGGAACUUUUAGAGGGUGAAGAAGUAUCGGUACUUGCAUUCACAGAUGGAAAGACAAUAAUUCCUAUGAUGCCAUCGCAAGAUCACAAAAGGAUAUUUGAUGGGGAUUCUGGUCCAAAUACUGGUGGAAUGGGUGCCUAUUGUCCAUGUCCUUUGUUGAGUGAAAAAGAUUUUGAAAUAGUCAAAUUAAAUAUUCUUCAGCAAUCUAUUAAUGGACUCAGAAAAGAAAAUAUACCAUUUGUUGGUAUCUUAUAUGCUGGUUUAAUGAUAACUAACGAGGGUCCUAAAGUCCUAGAAUUUAAUUGCAGAUUUGGUGAUCCUGAAACGCAAGUGAUAUUGCCAUUACUAAAGUCAGAUCUGUUUACAAUUAUAAAGGCUUGCUGUGAUGGUACCUUGGAUCAAAUUCAAAUAGAGUGGUAUGAAGGUGUAUUUGCUGCUGGUAUUAUCUUAGCUUCUCAUGGAUAUCCAGCUUCAUCUUCCAAAGGUCAAAUAAUAACCGGAGUUGACAAUGUAAUAUCUAAAAAAGAUUAUUUUAUUUUCCAUAGUGGCACUGAUCUAUCUUCUCAAGGAAAAUUAUUAACAAACGGUGGAAGAGUUCUUAUUGUUGUUAAUAUCGCACGUUCACUGGCAUUAGCAGCAGCUAGAGCUACUCAAGCUGCUAAAGAAAUAUCAUUCGAUGGAAAACAGUUUAGAAUGGAUAUAGCACAUAAGGGUAUUGCCAGGUCAAUUCUUCGUUAUGGUGAUUUAACAUAUAAAAAUAGUGGUGUUGAUAUUGAGGCUGGUGAUUCUUUGGUAUCUGCUAUUAAACCUGUAUCAUUUUCUACCGUGCGUUCUGGUACAUUGGGAUCUAUUGGUGGUUUUGGUGGUAUAUUUGAUGUUAAAGCUGCAGGUUAUAAAGAUCCUCUCUUAGUUUCUGGUACCGAUGGUGUUGGUACAAAAUUAAAAGUUGCAUUUGAAUGCCAUAAACAUGAUACAGUAGGAAUAGAUUUAGUGGCAAUGUGUGUCAAUGAUGUACUUGCACAUGGAGCAGAACCACUAUUUUUCCUUGAUUAUUUUGCAUGUGGUAAACUUGAUGUUAAUGUAGCUGCCACUGUUAUAAAUGGUGUUUCAGAAGGAUGCAGAAGAGCUGGAUGUUCUUUGAUUGGUGGAGAGACUGCAGAAAUGCCAGAUAUGUAUUCAAAUGGAGAAUAUGAUCUAGCAGGAUUUGCAGUAGGAGCAGUUGAAAAAAAUAAUUUAUUACCAUGCAUUGAUAAGAUUAUAGAAAAAGAUAUUGUCAUUGGUCUUCCAUCGAGUGGUGUACACAGUAAUGGUUUCAGUCUGGUGAGAAAGGUUCUUGAAAUAGGAAAUGUGAAAUAUACAGACAUUGCUCCAUUUUCUGAAACAGGAAAAACUAUUGGUGAGGAACUUUUGGAACCAACUAAAAUUUACGUUAAAGGUGUCAUUCCUGUUUUAAAAUCUAAUUUGGUAAAGGGUUUUGCUCACAUUACCGGUGGAGGUUUAAUAGAAAAUAUACCAAGGAUUUUGCCUAAAGAUGUUCAAGUUAAUUUAGACGCAUCUAAAUGGAAAAUUUUACCUAUCUUUGGAUGGCUUGCUGCAAUCGGUAAUAUCAGCCAACAAGAAAUGUUGAGAACUUUUAAUUGUGGCAUUGGAGCUGUUUUAAUUUGUGCAGAGAAAGAUAAAGAUGAAGUAUUACAAAUGUUGAAAGAAGAGAGCCCAAUAGUUAUAGGAACAGUAAAUUCUCGUUAUAAUGAUCAAUUAAGCGUUCAAGUCCAAAACUUCGAUAAAUCGAUCGAAAUAGAAAUGAGAAAAUAUGUGCCACAUAUUAUAUCCAAAUUAGCAGCACCACUUAAAAGAGUCGGUGUUUUAAUUUCUGGUAGUGGAACUAAUCUUCAGUCAUUAAUCAAUGCUACAAAAGAUCCAACGCAACACAUUGGUGCAGAAAUAGUUUUAGUAAUAUCCAAUAAACCGGAUGUCGAAGGAUUGAAAAGAGCAGAAAGAGCAGGCAUCAAAACAGUUAUUAUUCAACAUAAUCAAUAUGCAAGUCGAGAAGCUUUUGAUUCAGCAAUGACUAUUGAACUUGAUGCAGCCGGAGUAGAGAUUGUAUGUCUUGCUGGUUUUAUGAGAAUUUUGUCUGCACAAUUUGUAAAUAGAUGGAAAGGUGCUUUAAUCAAUGUGCAUCCUUCUUUAUUACCUUCUUUUAAAGGGGCACAAGCACAUAAAGAUGUUUUAGCAGCUGGCGUACGCAUUUCAGGAUGCACUGUUCAUUUUGUUGCGGUUGAUAUUGAUUCUGGAGCUAUUAUAGAACAAGAGUCGGUACCUGUUUUACCAAAUGAUACUGAAAAUAUACUUCAAGAACGUGUGAAAGAAGUGGAGCAUAAGGCCUUUCCCCGUGCAUUAAAACAUUUAGCCACGGGACGUAUACAAUUAAAGGAUGAUGGUAAAAUCCAAUGGAACUAUUGAAUCAUAUGUACAGAUCUUAUAUUUUUAUGAAUAAAUAUAAAAUUUAGAUAUUUUUUAUAUUUACAAA